AUGGAAUCAAAAGCAGUUAAGCUUGGAAGCUCUCUUAUUGUGCCUUGUGUUCAGGAAUUGGCCAAGGUAAACAUCGCCACCAUUCCAGCAAGAUACAUCCGUCCUGAUCAAGAGCAGCCCAUCAUCAAUCCCAACGGUGCCUCGGCAAAUGAGGUCCCGGUUAUUGAUAUGCAGAGGUUACUUGAUCAAGAAUCAAUGGACUCUGAAUUGACCAAGCUCCACUUUGCUUGCAAAGACUGGGGCUUUUUCCAGUUGGUAAACCAUGAAGUGAGCUCUUCACUAGAAGAAAAAUUCUGGCAGUAUCCCGGAGAGGUAGAGGGUUUUGGACAAGCAUUUGUGGUGUCUGAGGAGCAAAAGCUUGACUGGGCUGAUCUUUUCUUCUUGGUCACCCAGCCAGUCCAUGCGAGGAAACCCCACUUGUUUCCAAAGCUGCCUCUUCCUUUCAGAGACACUGUGGAAGCAUAUUCAUCGGAAUUGAAAAACCUAGCCAUGACAAUCCUAGCACAUAUGGGUAAAGCACUAAAGAUAGAGGCAGAGGAAGUAGAAGAGUUUUUUGCGAAUGGAUUUCAGUCGAUGAGGAUGAACUAUUACCCUCCAUGUCCUCAACCGGAUAGGGUUAUUGGCCUCACUCCUCAUUCUGAUGCCGUAGGUCUCACUAUACUCCUACAAGUCAACGAAAUGGAAGGUCUUCAAAUAAAGAAGGAUGGAAAGUGGGUUCCUGUUAAACCCCUCCCAAAUGCCUUCAUUUUCAACAUUGGAGAUAUUUUGGAGAUUAUAACGAAUGGAAUAUACCGUAGCAUUGAGCAUCGGGCAACAGUGAAUUCCGAGAAAGAAAGACUCUCAAUUGCAACAUUUUUGUCCACAAAUUAUGAUGGCGUAAUAGGGCCAGCUUCCAGCUUGGUCACUGAACCGACUCCAGCAAUGUUUAGAAGUAUAACAGCAGAAGAAUAUUACAAGGGCCUCUUUGCUCGUGAGCUUCAUGAAAAAUCUUAUCUUGAUGCUAUGAGAAUAUGA